AUGGCCGUGCUGGAAGCCCCGAAUCCCGGCUGCAUCCCUCCUGUCACCGAAGAGCCAGAAUGCGCCAUGGCCCUGUGCCCCACUGAUGUACUGCAGGAGGACAAGGAGGGCUUUGAGAAGAUCAACAUGAGACCCGGCAAGGAUUACCGCACCCCCGAGAUCAGCCUGUUUGCGGAGGAGAACGGCGAAGGCACCCGGCUGAAGUUCACCAACUCGGCUGAGGACACCCGCACGCGAGGCCAGGCGCUCGCCGCCGCCUCCAUCAUCGUCCACUCGGGCCUGUGGCUGGUUUACUCCAAGCCUUUCUUCGACGAUGACCCCUACGUUUUGGAGCCAGGCGGGGACCCCAAUUUAAAGGGCUGCCCCGUCGUGGAGAGACCCGGCGAGCCGCAGGUGCUGAUCUACGAGGCCGCAGGUUUCCAGGGCCGCAGCUUCACCAUCAGCCGAGACAUCUACGACCUGAAGAGCCUGCCCGGGCCGGCGCUGCCUACCGUGGGCUCCCUGCACGUCCUGGGCGGCUGCUGGGUUGGCUACGAGAAGGAGGGCUUCCGCGGCCACCAGUACCUGCUGGAGGAAGGAGAGUACCAGGACUGGAGGCAGUGGGGCGGCUACAGCAAGGAGCUGGUGUCCUUACGGCUGAUACGGACG